ACGCGCACUCCCAGCUCCAGCUCCUCCGAGAACCAAACGCAAGUCCGCACAGGCAAACGGCCGAACCCUAGCCUCGCCUCGCCGACCUUCACCCUCCUCACUUGCGCGUGAGACCUAGCGAGAUGUCGUCGUCGGGCGUCGGUGGCGGUGGGCAGCAGUUCCGGUACACGCAGACGCCGUCUAAGGUGCUCCACCUCCGGAACCUGCCAUGGGAGUGCACGGAGGAGGAGCUCGUCGAGCUCUGCAAGCCCUUCGGUCGCAUCGUCAACACCAAGUCCGGCGUCGGUGCCAACCGCAACCAGGCCUUCGUCGAGUUUACCGAUGUUAAUCAAGCCAUAUCAAUGGUCUCAUAUUUUGCAUCAUCUUCGGAACCAGCGCAAAUUCGAGGCAAAACUGUUUACAUUCAGUAUUCAAAUAGACAAGAAAUAAUUAAUAACAAGAGCCCUGGGGAGACUGCUGGAAAUGUAUUGCUUGUUACCAUAGAGGGUGUUCAAGCUAGUGAUGUCACCAUUGAUGUCAUCCAUUUGGUUUUCUCGGCUUUUGGAUUUGUUCACAAAAUAGCCACUUUUGAGAAGGCUGCAGGUUUCCAGGCACUGAUCCAGUAUACUGAUGCACCCACCGCUUCAGCUGCAAGAGAAGCCUUAGAUGGAAGAAGCAUUCCAAGGUACUUGCUUCCGGAGCAUGUACUAUCCUGCCACUUGCGAAUUUCUUUCUCUGCACAUAAGGAUUUGAACAUUAAGUUCCAAUCACACCGCAGCAGAGAUUACACCAAUCCUUACCUUCCAGUUAAUUCUUCUGCUAUAGAUAGCACAUUGCAGCCUGCUGUUGGUGCUGAUGGAAGGAGAGUGGAGGCUGAGGGCAAUGUUCUUCUUGCGUCAAUUGAGAAUAUGCAGUAUGCCGUUUCAGUAGAUGUUCUCCAUACCGUGUUCUCUACAUUCGGUACAGUCCAGAAAAUUGCUAUUUUUGAGAAGAACGGUGGAACACAAGCUUUGAUUCAGUAUCCUGAUGUAACUACUGCUACAGUUGCGAAGGAAGCAUUGGAAGGGCAUUGCAUCUACGACGGUGGCUACUGUAAGAUUCACCUGUCAUACUCUCGUCAUACUGAUCUCAAUGUAAAGGCACAUAGUGACAAGAGCAGGGAUUACACAAUUCCAGAAGGAGCACACCAAGCAGCACCACAGCCUGGUCUACCACCUACAUCUGCUGGGUGGCAAGGUAACCCUCAAGCAGCUGGACCAUAUGGACCACCGGGUGUUGCUGCUCAAAACCACGGUACGAACGGACAAGUUCCAAAUUGGAAUUCCGGGAACCCAGGGUACCCGCAACCACAAGCUCCUGGCAACCAAGGGUAUCCCGCAGCUCCUGGCAACUCAGGGUAUCCAGGCCAGAUGUACUCUGCCCCGCCUCAGUAUGCAACAUCAGGGGGCUUCGCUGCCCCUCAGCCGCCUCCGUCCCAUGAGAUGCAUCCUUCGCAGCAGAUGCUAUCUGCACACCAUGGGAAUCAGCAGAGACCAGCAGGUGCCCCUGCGACCGGGCAACCGCCUCCGUAUUACCACCAUUGAGUUAAAAUGUGCCAUCAUGAGUGUACCUUGGCUGUUUCCGGUUCAGUUAUGGCAUUAUGUUACUCUGCAAUACCACCAUCCGGGUUACUCGUUUUCUUCUCUUCGCUCUCAUGAAAUAUUGUUAUUAAUGUAUUCUCAGCCCAUAGAUUUCGUCUGUACCAGAAAAUGAAGGAAAGCUACUUUCGUCAAAAUGCAAAUAGGUGCUUAAUCUGUCGCUUUCUUUCGUGCUAGUUUCCUGUUGUCAGUGUAAUUCUGGUGUGUGGAUUUUGCCGUGCCUGGAAUAAAAAGAAGUGCUUAACUGAUAGUA